GCCGGCACCGCCCUCACCCCUAGCCCCGCUGCCUCUCCCCGGCUGUACCGCACCGGGCUGCCAGCGGCGACCCGCCCCGCCCCGGCCCGCCCGCUGAGUUAGGGCCCGCCCAGGCUCCUGCGGGGCAGCGCGGCUGCUGGUGGCUCCCGGGGCGGGGGGCGCCGGUAGCGGGCGGGGAGCGGGGCGGCCCCUCCCCGCGCGGGGGGAGGCGGGCCGAGGCGACAAGAUGGCGGCGGCGCUGAGGGGGGCGAAGCGCUGGCGGCUGGUGGCGGGAGGGCCGAGCCUCGCUUUCACUCGUUCUGCAUUUGUUGCAAAGAAACGUAAUUAUGACCAACCAAACUGGUUUGGAGUUGGCUUGGCUUUCAGCACCAGUGCUGCCUUGUGGGCUUUUCUUUUCAAGCAGCAUAAUGAAGAUGUAAUGGAAUAUGAAAGGAGGAAACAAGAGAGACAGCAUAAGUGUACAAGCUGUUCAUAGUUGAUGGUACAUUCAUUAAGAAGUAAGGUGAUCACCAGUUGACUGACAUAUAAGUGAGCACAGAAGUAUGAAGUAUCUAAAUACUUACAUGUUCAAACAUUUCAUGUGCAGAAUUAUGAAAUAAAUCAUAAAGUCUGGAAGAAACUUACAAUGA